UUUUAAAGUACCAAGGACAAUAACCUACGACCUUGCAACUAAUUUAACUACAUUAGAACGUUUAAGGGAUGCAUGUUGAGUUAAUGAACUUGGAGAAUGCUGGUCUCCAGGACCGUGUUAUAGAUUUGGAAAAGCGAAGUGCUGAACAAGCCAAUGAACUAGCUUGUCUAAGAAGCUCUUUGGCUGAUUGUCUACGUCGCUUAAAUCUUUUGGAAAGUGCUAGAGGUAUGAAAUUGCAUUCUUCUUCUCAAAGACCAGUUUUGCACAAUAAUGGCUCCAAUGUGACUAAAACUAAUUCACGUACUGACUCAUCCUAUUCAUCAAGACGACAUACAAGUUCUCGUAAUCCUACUUCUACUGGACAUCAAUCGAAAAAUUCACGUGAUAGUUCAUUAGUUGUUCCACAUUCUACAACAACGAGUACAACAGCAAGAACUCGUUUAAAAAGUCCUCAAAGUGUUCGAUUAAGUUCAUCAUCAACUACUUUAAAUAAUCAAGCGGUUGGUGUUAGCGGUGGAACAAAUCAAACAAGACGAAAUCGGAUUACUAGCGCUAGUUCAGAGGAUAGACAAUUUAAUAAUUUCAAUAAUAAUAAACAUGAAGGUGACAACAAAACUUUAUCUAUGUAUGAAUAUAAUGAUAUGAUAAUGUCACGACAAAGUGAACCCAUUACUUACCAACAAAAAUCAUCCACUUUAAAAUCGAAUACAUCUUCACGAUAUUAUGAAGCUUCUAAUGGACCAUCUGGUUAUACAGUAUUUUGGAGAUCAGCUUAUGAUGGUGAAUUAGAUGAUAUAUAUCGAAUGAAUCAUUGUCAAAGUCCUACAAGUCAACAACACCAACAACAUUCUGUAUCUAUGUCUUCAUCAUUUCGGAAAAAUCAUACAGUUGCUCCACCUCCACCACCACCACCACCUGCUCUCCCACCAUCAUCUUUAUGUAUACCGCCAAAUCUUGUUCGUCGUGGUCGUCCAUCCUCUGGACCAUCUUCUUCAAUAUAUUAUUGUGCUAAUGAUUCAGACGAUCGUUCUGUACAUUUAACAUCAACUGGUCGUUCUCUUCAUCCUACUGCUUGGAAACCUGGUGGAGUAGCAAUAUGUCCUACAAAUCGAGAAACAAUUCCAUCAGUGAAUAAACCAUCAUGUAUACCCAAAUUUCAUGAUGAUGACUCCAAGGAAACUACUUAUUUACCAGGUGAUGGAAUUCUACGAUUUUAUAUUCGUGGUCGUCCAGUCAAUGUUUAUAUGCCUACGCAAAUUAUGCAUAAUUAUGACUUGUCAAUUCCAUUGAAAGCACCGGAUACGACGUUGAAACUGGAAUGGAUUUAUGGUUAUCGUGGGCGAGACUGUCGAAAUAAUUUACAUUAUCUUCCAACUGGAGAGUUAAUUUAUUUUGUUGCAGCUGUUGUAGUAUUGUAUAAUAUUGAAGAGCAAUGUCAAAGACAUUAUUUGGAACAUACUGAUGAUGUAAAAUGCAUUGCUAUCCAUCCUGAUCGUAUUACUGUGGCUACUGGUCAGUCUGCAGGACAUGAUAAACAGUUUGGAAAACCACAUGUACGAAUUUGGAGUUCAGUCGAUUUGAAAACACUGAAAAUUAUUGGUUUAGGCGAAUUUGAACGUUCAGUUUGUUGUUUGUCUUUUUCAAAAACGGAUAGCGGAGUUAAAUUAUGUGCAGUUGACGAAGCUACAGAUCAUGUAAUUUCAAUAUGGGAUUGGCAGAAAAGUCGCAAAAUAACGGAGACUAAAUGUUCCACAGAACCAAUAACAGCUGUUGAAUUUCAUCCAUUAGAUGAUGCAACCCUUGUAACUGGUGGUAAAGGUCAUUUAGCAUUUUGGACAUUUGAUGGAUGUACACUAAGUAAAAAGAUGGGAAUAUUUGAAAAUGGUAAACAGCCAAUCGAUAAACCGAAAUUUAUACUUUGUUUAACAUUUGCUGAAAAUGGUGAUCUACUGACUGGUGAUUCUGCUGGGAAUAUUAUUGCAUGGAAACGAGGUACAAAUACAGUGAAUCAAAUAUGUCAAGGUGUACAUGAAGGCGGUAUAUUUUCAUUAUGUUUAACAAAUAAUGGACAUCUUAUAUCUGGUGGUGGGAAAGAUCGUCGUUUAGUAUUCUUUGAUGCAGCUCUUAAUCCAACUGGUCAUACUGAAGAAUUAACUGAAUUAUAUGGUGCUGUAAGAACUAUUACACAAGGUCCUGGAGAAUUGUUAAUUAUUGGCACAACAAAGAAUAUGAUACUACAGGCUGGUCCUGGUAUGGAAAUAAGUCCUUUAAUGUUUGGUCAUUCUGAAGAAUUUUGGAGUCUUGCUAAACAUCCACAAGCUCAUCAAUUUUUAACUGGUGGACGUGAUCAUUUAGUAAUUUUAUGGGAUUCAUUAUCAAAACAAGCUAUUUGGUCAAAAGAAUUCACUGAUGCUAUACAUUGUGCUGCAUUCUAUCCACUUCAAUCAGUUUCAAUAACAAAUGGGACUAUGAGUCCAGUUAAUAAUAAUGAUAAUAAUAAUAUUAAUGAUAAUAAUAUAAUUGAUGAAACAAAUAAUUUAGAUUUCAAUGUAUCAAUGAUGAAUUCACAUGAUUUAUUAGUAGUAUUAGGCACAAGUACAGGACGUUGGUUAGUAUUUAAUUGUUUAAAACAAGAAAUAAUUGCUGCACAUUCCGAUGGACUUGGUGAACAGAUCGAAUGUGUUGCAUAUUCACCUGACGGAAAUUACUUAGCUCUUGGUUCACGAGAUAAUGUUAUUUAUGUAUAUAAUGUGUUAGAACGUGGCUACAAAUAUAAUCGUGUUGGACGAUGCUGCGGUCAUAGUAGUUUUAUCCUGCAUAUUGAUUGGUCUGUAGAUGGGCGAUUUUUACGUUCUGUAUCAGGAGAUUAUGAAAUACUGUUCUGGACUGCAUUUGAUUGUAGACAAGUUGUCUCACCUAGUACACUACGUGAUUUAGAAUGGGCUAGUCAAACAUGUACACUUGGUUGGGAAGUAGCUGGAAUUUGGCCAUCUGAUUCAGAUGGUACUGAUGUUAAUGCUUGUGAUCACAGUCCAACUGCUGAUAUUUUAGCUACUGGAGAUGAUUAUGGAAAAGUUAAACUAUUCAAAUAUCCAACUAAUAAACCAAAGGCUGAAUUUCGUGCUUAUAAUGGUCAUUCAAGUCAUGUGACAAAUGUAACAUUUUUAUAUGAUGGAUCUAGAUUAAUAUCUAUUGGGGGCAAAGAUACAGCUGUAUUACAAUGGGAAGUAUGUAUUUAACACAUGAUAUUAUAUGAUAAAUACAUAUUCAUCAUUUAUUUAAUCAGUUUCUUCUUCUUCUUCUUCUUCUUCAGUAUUGUUCAUAGUUAUUAUUCUCAUUUUCUAUUCAUACUCUCACCAUAUCAUCCAUCUACAACUCAAUGAUACGUUUGAGAGCAAUAAAAAUAAAAAAGAGUCAUUCUAAUGCUGUCUGUAUGGUUUUCUGAUGCCUUCAAAUUUAAAUGUAUUUGUCAUAAUCAUUCAUUAUUCAUAAAGUAUGAUCAUGUCUGUGUGCAAUACAUUUACAAUUACCAGAAGAAUACCAUUUAGUAUAGUUAAUUUAUUGUUAUAGUCGAUAACCCCUCUUCUUAUUAAAAUUAUUAACAUGUUUGUUUUGCUAAUGUUACUAUUUCUCUCCACCCCAACCCCCGAAAAACGCUUGUUUUUUUCUUUUUUACAAAUAUACCAUAUUAUUAAAUUGUUUAUUUAUUUUUAAAAAAAUAAACUGCAUCGUUUCCUCGUGAUAAAACAGAGAAAUAUAUGCUACUACUGUUUACUCACCUACCCACCUACCUAUCUGUCUAUCUGCUUACUUACUUGUCUCUUUUCAUACUUAUCGAUGAUUUUUCUUCUUUGCUCAUUUUCUCUUUUUUGUUUUCUUUCUUAUUUUAUCAUCAUUUGUGACAUUUUAGUUUUGUUAAUUUGAGUAAAAAUAAUUGUCAAUUUUUUGUUUACAUGAAGCGAGUAUUAUUAUUAUUAUUAUUAUUAUUAUUA